AUGCCCAUCAAGGGCCAGUCCGAGGCUCUAUUUCCCAUACCUCUUGAAAUCUACUUCUCCCCAGCACCCUCUUCGUCAGCCCUUGACCCGUUCAUCCUGAGUAAGCCGCAAGCCCGAGGCGUGACGAUAGGACUUCAGAUGUCACCACAAGUGAUCCCUGAUGCGAGCUCGUCGAACAGAGACAGUCUGGCAACAGUAAAUAUUCCAUCCACAUUUCCACCUGCUAUUACCUCCAAAUUACCUUCGACGGCUGAUGCGUUGUGGAACAGAAAGUCGACAAGCCGCCUGCCUCCGCAAAAAAGGGUACAUACGACGAGGCAGAAGAAGAGCAGAGUCUCGCUGGAGCUGGCAACAGAUGAGCUCGAGUACCAGCUAGUUCAGACGGCUGUUGUGGUGCAGUUUAGCCUUGCCCCGAGCGAGCGCCUUGCUCGAAACUUGCCUGAUGCAGGCAAACACCGCGGCCGCUCGGCUGUUGGUGAACUCCAUGCUACUAUGAUGAACCAUGAGAGACAGAAAGGCGUCAAGAAUUUCGCCAAGAAUACGGGCGAGAUGUGGGAUGAGCGGUGA